AUCAUGCGCGCGCACGUCGCGUCUUGGCGCCUCCGCCGCCAUGAUGCGCGCGCUCACAGCGCGGGUCUGUGCCGGAGGCGCGGGCGCCGCCGCCGCCAUGAUGCGCGCGCCGUGGCUGCUGGUGGCGGCGCGGGGGCGCGGCCUGGUCGCCAUGGCCCGCUACGGCACGGAGCCGCGGGGGCGGCCCAACUCGCCCGAUUACCGCCUCUACUUUAAGAAUGCAGAUGGCAAAUAUAUUUCCCCAUUUCAUGACAUUCCACUGUUUGCUGGAUCUAAAGAGGAUAAAGAGAUUCCUGCAAAGAGGUCCAGGACUACUGGAAGUGAGGCCCUGUUUAAUAUGAUUGUAGAAGUGCCUCGUUGGACGAAUGCAAAAAUGGAGAUUGCCACUGAGGAGCCGUUGAAUCCGAUUAAACAAGAUAUAAAGAAAGGCAAGCUUCGAUAUGUGGCAAAUAUCUUUCCUCACAAGGGUUAUAUAUGGAAUUACGGUGCACUCCCACAGACCUGGGAAGAUCCAAAGCAUACCGAUAACAUUACAGGAUGUUGUGGGGAUAAUGAUCCUAUUGAUGUUUGUGAAAUAGGUUCAAAGAUUCGUUCUUCUGGUGAGAUUGUUCAGGUGAAGGUCUUGGGUGUUUUAGCUCUUGUUGAUGAAGGAGAGACAGAUUGGAAGAUAAUUGCUAUCAGUGUGGAUGAUCCAGAAGCUCAGAAAAUCCAUGGUAUUGAUGAUGUCAAGAAGCACAAACCAGGUUACCUUGAGGCUACAGUUGACUGGUUCCGAUUAUAUAAAGUCCCCGACGGUAAACCGGAAAACCAGUUUGCUUUUAAUGGAGAGUUUAAAGACAAGGAUUUUGCUGUUGAAAUUAUUAAAUCCACACAUGAAUACUGGAAAGCUUUGCUUCAUAAUAAAGCUGAUGGAGGUACUAUUAAGUGCACAAAUGUUUUGGUGAGCAGCAGCCCGUUUUGUUGCAGUGAGGAGGAUGCCCAAUCGAUUGUGCAGUCGGCACCAUUGCCUGUGAACGGAGAUUCUGUUUCCCCAGAAGGGUGGAGCGGAGGGAAGAGGAGGACUUGCUUGCUUGUUUGUUUCUGAAUCUCAGAACUCCGGAAUUGCUGUUAUCCACUCAUGGAGUAUCAAAUGAGAUGGGAAAUAAGGUGUCUUCAACCUUGUUCUCCAUAUUUUGGACUAAUUCAGCCCUUGAGUGCAUGGAAGACUGUGUUAAUUUGUAUUGUAGGGCUUGUCUGUCCACCCUGACUAUAAUCCUUUUGAAGUAGGCAAUAAUCUUUAUGUAAGAGGCUUAGCGGUUUACUGUGCUCUUUAAUAUGUGACUGUACACUGUUUCCUGAGUUGUAUUCACUUUUGUGCCCAGUUAUCUUUGCAUGUUUCUUAGAGUGAUGAGCAGAACAUACUUGCUUUAAAAAAACAAACAGAACUUCACUCCAAACAGUAAUCCAACUAUGAAGAGCUAAUGCCAUAACAGUUGAAGUAAGGAUGCACAAGUGCUCUCUGCACUGCAUCCUGUUUUGAUAACUUCUGUCCUUCAUCACACAGGAAGGACCUUCCUUAUGGAAGGCUUUCACUUUCAGAACUGUGUAGGCCCGAAGGCUUUUGAUAGUUCCUUAGUCAGUGAGACAAGAUUAUUAAAACAUAUAGAACAUAUGUUGUGCUUUCAUGAUAAAAAUAGCUCCUGCUUUUUCUGCUGCGGGAUCAUAUCUGACUUGUCUGUACCCACAGUGUUCAUUAAAAACAAAACUAAAAAAAUCCAGCUGUUAAGUAGAAAGAGAGGAAACGAUAAUAUAGACAAACAACUUUAUCCAGCUUGUUACUGAGACCAAAGGUGAGUGUUGUCUGCUUAGUAUGAUGACUGAAACAAAAGGUGAAUAUUGCUGAUGCAUGAUGGAAACGGAAGAUAAAGAACUGAAAAAGUUAGGCUGUGGCUUGCCAUAGACAUUAUUAGUAAGAAAGCUCUUGCCUUAGGGAACGUUUCUUUGAUUUUAGGAGAUGAUUUUCUAGGUUUAGAGACUUUCCUUUAGAAAAUUGCCCAGACUAUAAGUACCAGUCACUUGGGAAGUCUCAGCUUGGGCCUCAGCAUUUAUGAGUGAAUAGAUGGAGUUUUCCCAUCUGCAUAGGAUUUUGCAUUGUUUUAUACACAGAGUUUAGGUGGAUGAAAAAUGCAAUGUAAACCUCAAAUAUUAAGGUUUGCUUUUUUUUUAGUCAAGAGUUACGUUACAUCCAACACAUUUACAGUACUGAUUUUCCAUCCCUUAUUUUACACUUACAAUUCUAACUACAUGCAACAUUAUACCUGCAGAUAGAAUAGCCUUUGUUUUUUUUUCAAAUGGACUUAAUGUUUUCCAGGUGUCUUUUGUUCACAUGCAGCCUCUCAGUAUGAGAUUGCUCUUGUAGAGUGCAGAAUAGCUGCUGUAUUUGCCCCUAUGGUGAUACAUUUGGAAGGCUUUACUGUUGUCAAGUGCUUAGGGACAGCUGGAAAAUGAAGGACACUGUAAAAUCAAAUCAUCUUUCUUGUACCGUGGUCACUGCUGUCCUUUUUUUCCAUUUUCUUUUUCUGAGACCUACUAUACAAAGGUGUACACAUAUGAAAAACAAAUAUUGAUUACAAACAUACCCAUGCUGAACUAUCAGGAGGAGGUCAGAAGUUACUUAAGUUUUGCUUCAAAUAUUUUUACUACCGUUUCCUAAUUUAUAGCUGUAUUGAUGGCAUAUGGUUAGAAAUUCAGAAGGAGAAAUAAUUUUCUAGAUAGGGUUAGACUUUGUGCAAGAAUAUAAUGAGUCGUACUUGGGAAAGCUGAAAAUUGAAGUGAUUGGAAGUGCCUAAUACUGUCACAAAUUUGAAAAUGUUUAAAUAUUUCUUAUUUGUAGAGUGUAUAAAAAGAUGCUUCUCUUGGUUUUAGACUCCUUUCAAUGUCUACUUAUGUAUAUUUUCCACAGAUUUUUCCCAAGUGAAACAAAAAGGGGUACGGUUACAUGUAGCUUUGCUGCUAAUAUGUACCGAAUGCUACUGACCUGGGUUUCAGAACUGAAGGGUAAUGAAAUAGCUCUGGAUACAAUGUCUGCUAAUAAAAGGAUUAGGGGGAUGGGACAGAGAAACUAGAAUGUAUUUUUCCUGUGCAAUAAACACAGUUUUUAUUUUAUUUUGGCUUUUUUUCGUAGGCUAGGUCUUCCAUUUGUUUGGAAGUAUGCCUGUAUUGUUGUAAUUAAAAGUAGUUUCAUUGAAGUGGGAAGCUUAGUGUAGUACUGUCCACUUCUCAGUAAUUUCAUGUGAAGAACUUCUUCAUACCUGAUACUCGUAUCUCCUGGAAAGAGGUCUUGAAGGGAAAAGUAUCUUCUGUGUCCCACCCCCUACCCCCUGAAAAUAAAUCCAUCUUAACUGUGUUUUCUGUGUUGAAUAUGUAAUAAUACACAUGCGUGUAUUUUUUUCAAGGAUAACUUUGCAUCUCGGUUUCCUCUUUUUGUCUGUUUUGGAGAGAAAGGUUACCUAUUUUUCCCUCCUUCUCACUAUUGUAAUGGUGGAGAUUCUUUAUAUAAAUUGUUAGCUGCUGCUCAAAAUAAUACCUUUUACUGUCAUGGAGUCCACACUUUAGUCCCCUGUCAAAAGUUGGGAUUUGAAUUUUACUUGUAGGAAUAAUGUUCGUUAU